GAUGGCCUUUUCGUGGUAGGCGGUCCAUCUUCAUCUACACUAGUCCAGGCUUCAUCUUCUUCUUCAGCUAGCGCUCCCGAAGUAGGAACCCUCAAAACAACCAUUCCAAACUUGCGGUGCUCUUCUUCAAGUCAAAUAACUGUCCACGACCAACUUUUCAC